CUAUUGGAUGGAGCUGAGGGACCGGGUGCGCGGAUUCACGCUCUCUUACCCCGGACUCAAUGCUACAGUCCCUGCCAACGGCCCCUUUGGCAUUUAUCGUCAAGGUGACUUCUGGGUCGACUCAGAAGUCAACGCCACCGUGCCGGCCAACGGCCCCUUUGGCAUCUACCGUGAUAACUGGCAGUGGAAGCCGUCUACAGGAACCAUCAGCGGGCUGCUUCUCUACAAGCAAUCCGGGGAUGGUUUGUUCGUGCACAAUUCAGACGGACUCAUCAUCACCAACAGCACGUUUGCUGACAACCGCCAGGGGCUGAACCUGCUGGGCAACACGGGCGUGAAGGUGACAGACAGCCGAUUCAUCGGGGUGACGCCCAACUAUGGCAACCCCCGCAUGUGCGACUCGACUCCGCAGAUGUGUGGGCCUGUCACCGGCUGCGACUUCCCCCUGGCUGCUGGGCAGCAGGGGCGGUCACAGGGGUGGUCGCACUGGAAGAACCCCAUCUUUGGCAUCAUCAUCGACCAUCCCACCUUUGGAUUCGACUUCGCCCGCGCCCACGCCAUCUCCAACUGCCAGUUCCACGCGUAUGACAGCACGUGCCGCCUAGCUGCUGCCAUCGGCGCGGGCAUCAACGGAGCUCCCAAGGACACAUGGGCCACGGCCACCAGUGUGCAGGCUGUGACAGGCACACCCGGCACCAACAUGCUCUACUUUCCUCCCCGCAACUUCACCUUCCCCGGAGGAGACGUGAACAGAGGAGGAGAGGCAACAGACCUGUACACCCUGUGGGACAAAGACGGCUCUCUGCUCAACGCCACUGCCGGAGGCUACCUGCUGGCAAACAACACCGCCCUGCUGCCCCCCACCAAGCGCUUCCCUGCUUGCCAGCCCGUGCCCGCUUGGAAUGCCUAUGCGUGCCCGGGGACAUGCUACCGUACUGUCAUGUUUACUUACCUGGAGCCGGGGUUUGCUGUGUAUGCGAACAGCAGCGUGCCGGAUACACGCAAGCGAGGGGACUUCAGCUACCUCGCCAUUCGUCGCAUAGAGGAUGAGACAGUGAUCACAGUGGACGGCAAUUUGCGUUACCUCUCUAUUCGCCGCAUAGAGGACGACACAGUGAUCACAGUGGACGGCAAUCUGCGGUCGGUGGGCAACAUGUGGACAGCAGAUCAGCGCAUCUUCGUGGUGCCCCUGCUGGCGAACGCCACCUACGAGGUCAACAUAGGGUUACCGGGUAACAACCGCGCCUUCUUCCCCAGCAACAUCACGGUGCAAUUGCGCGACAGCAACGGGUGUGGCGGGCCGGUGACUCUGAGGAUUCCGGCGAAGCAGAGCAACCAAUGGAUGAUCAAGGAGGAGCAAGACGUGAACUGGAAGGCCUGCGCGGGCACAUCAGACAAAGCAGCGGUGCAGUUCUCAUUCGUGUGCUUCAAGUUCAAGCCAACUCUCGAGCUCUUUUUCGACGGAACCUCCUCCAAGCCAAUCGUGCUCCGCGCCUCCGCAAACCCCGUCACCGGCUGCCGCCUCCCCUAUCGCUGCGGCCUUGUGGCACCGGGGUCCACGUGGGCAUACGAUGUCAGCGGCAGGGAGCUGCAUGCGGCAGUGACGGGCGCCAUGGGCUUCAGCUCUCCGCGCUUCAACGAUGCCAGCUGGCCGCGAGGCCCGGCUAUCAUUGGCUAUGUGGGAUGGCGGUGGGUCGGCAUCAACACAUGGACACCCCCCUCAGGAGACGCCCUGCCCACCUUCUACUACCGGCGGCCGUUCCGAGUGGCCAACAGCGCGUGUGCCACGGGGCUGUAUGUGGACGUGAUCGUGAACGACGGCGUGCUUCUCUAUCUCAACGGGGUGGAGAUGCUGCGAGUCAACAUGGCACCCGGCGCUGUGAAUGUUUCCUCGAGGGCCCUAUCCAACCAGAACGUGUGGGACUACACGUCCUUCUUCAUCCCUCUCAACGCCACAGCACCCUUCUCUCUCGCGGAGGGCACCAACCACAUCGCCGCCGAAUCACACGCCGCAAUCUGGACCACCGAGAACUUCUUUGACCUCAAACUGUCCGCCCAGAUGGAUAGCGCAACAUGCAGUGGCGUGCUCAUUCUACAGGAGGUGUGCGACGGGCUCGACAACAACAACGACGGCAAGGUUGACAUAGACCCACUGACCGACCGGCUUCUCACGCGCCCGUGCCGCAACCCCUGUGGGGCUGGUAUUGAGACGUGUAUUGAUGGGGCGUUUCAGAACUGCACUGCGCCCGUCCACGGGCCUGAAGUCUGCAACGGGGUGGACGACAACUGUGACGGGCUCAUCGACAACUCGCCCUCUCCAACCGCCGCUCGGCUCGACUGUGCCGACGGCUCCCUCUGCUUCAAGGGGCAGUGCCUGCCGUACGGCCCUCUCACCGCACCCGUCACAGUGAUCAACAAGAGCGCUGCUGGCUGGCUGUACUACGAUAAGGGGUACCUUCCGCAGUCCUACCCCACUUGGAGCACCAACAGCAACGUGCCAGCACGUCUGCUAAAGGAGGGAGCAGCACCAUUCGGCUACAACUCAGCGUCCCCCACGGCCACCAACCUGUCACAGCUCACCAGUGGCGACUCCGCCUACUUCUUCCUCAAGAGCUUUGCUCUCACAGAGGAGGAGGCCAACAACACCUGGAGCUACUCUGCGUCCGUCCAGAGGGAUGAUGGUGCUGUCCUCCUGAUGAACGGAGCCGAGUUUUUCCGCUCCAACAUGCCUGCUGGCCCCAUCACCUCUGCAUCCUUUGCUGCCACCGGCACGUGGGGGGCCGACAAAACCACCUUCUUCAACAGCACGCCCUUCCGAUCCAUCGCGCAGUUCCUGCAGCUGGGAACCAACUGGGUGGGAGUGCAGCUACAUCAGUCACGCUGGUCCAGCGAUGCCCUCUUCGAUCUCGAGCUCACCCGCCACGCCAUGCGCCCCUGUUCCGCCCUCGAAGGCUCGCCUGCUGCCUGUGUCCGCACACCCCCGGCUGACACUCUGCUGCUUGCGCAAGGGUCCACAUGGGCCUACAACGACGCCUCCCUGCCACCGCCCAACCCUGACACUUGGUUCCUGCCCUCCUUUGAUGACUCUGCAUGGCUCAAAGGCCCUGCACCCCUAGCAGCGGGCAACAACAGGGCGGGCACCAACCUCACCCUCAACAGCACCACCAGCGGCUCACGAGUGGCACAUUAUUUCCGCCGCGCCUUCACUGUCACCGAUGCUGCCUGCCACGUGGCCCUCACCGUCUCCUUCAACAUUGCUGAUGGCGCUGUGGUGUACCUGAACGGGGUCGAGGCGUACCGCUUCCAGAUGCCGCCCCCCUCAUGGGGCCCGGUCACGCCGGCCACCAACGCCACGGGCGGCUAUGUGUGGCGGUGGGUGCCGUCCGUCCUGUCGGGUGGGUGGCUGCAGCAGGGGGCGAAUGUGAUCGCGGUGGAGGUGCAUCAGCAGAGGAGCACCAACACUCUGCUCACGUUUGACGUGCAGGUUACCAGCAAGAGGGAGGCCAUUGCCUGCACUCCUGCCCCACAGUAA